GGUUUUCGGAGGGGGCGGGGAGGGGCCUGAGGCUUGCGGCCCCGCCCCCUUCUCCGGCUCGCCCCCGGGCGGGUCGGUCAGCCUCCAGCUCCGGCCGGCUCGGGGCCGCGUCCCCCGGGCCGCUCGGCGACCGAGGCCCGAGCUCCUGCUCGCAGGUGUCGGCGUGCGGCCCCUGGGCACGGCCUGCUUCGGCCCCAUGGUGGGUUUCGGGGCCAACCGGCGGGCCGGCCGCCUGCCGUCCUUCGUUCUGGUGGUGCUGCUGGUGGUGAUUGUCGCCCUGGCCUUCAACUACUGGAGCAUCUCCUCCCGCCACGUCCUGCUUCAGGAAGAAGUGGCCGAGCUGCAGAGCCAGGUCCAGCGGACCGAGGUGGCCCGCGGGCGCCUGGAGAAGCGCAAUUCCGACCUCUUGCUCCUAGUGGACUCGCACAAGAAGCAGAUCGACCUGAAGGAGGCUGACUAUGGCCGUCUCAGCAGCCGGCUGCAGGCGAGGGAAGGCCUGGGGAAGAGAUGCGAGGAUGACAAGGUUAAACUUCAGAACAACAUAUCAUAUCAGAUGGCAGACAUACAUCAUUUAAAAGAACAACUUGCUGAACUUCGUCAGGAGUUUCUUCGACAAGAGGAUCAGCUUCAGGACUACAGGAAGAACAAUACCUACCUUGUAAAGAGAUUAGAAUAUGAGAGCUUUCAGUGUGGACAACAAAUCAAGGAAUUAAGAGCACAACAUGAAGAAAAUAUUAAAAAAUUAGCUGACCAGUUUUUGCAGGAACAAAAGCAGCUGGCUCACAAAGUUCAAUCAAAAGGUGAAAUUGAAUUGGGCAUAAGCAAUUAUGCAGUACCGAACAAUGUUCAAAAACAAGCUGAGAGUGUUGCAGAUAAGAAUGAAGAACCCUCAAGCAAUCAUGCUUCACAAGGGAAAGAUCAGAUCAAACGGGGAGGUGAUGCAGGAAUGCCUGGAAUAGAAGAGAAUGACAUUGCAAAAGUUGAAGAUCUUCCCACGGCUUUAAAGAAACCUCCUGUUUCUGUUUCUCAAUAUGAAAAUAACCAAGCAAUCUCCCAUCUUCCAACUGGACAAUCUCUCUCCUCAAAUUUGAUUCCAGAUUCCCAUGUAAACCUCAAUGGAAACCCUGGUACCUCAAAACAGAACCCUUCAAAUGUUCUUCAGCGUUUAAUUCCAGGCCCAAAGUUAGAGAAUGAACCGAGAAUUCAAGCAGAUAUACUAAAGCAUGCUUCCAGGGAUAGAGUUGGUGAUUUCCAUAAGUUGAAGCAAAGCCGAUUCUUUGAUGAGAAUGAAUCCCCUGUUGAUCCGCAACAUGGCUCUAAACUGGCGGAUUAUAAUGGGGAUGAUGGUAACGUAGGUGAGUAUGAGGCAGACAAGCAGGCUGAGCUGGCUUACAAUGAGGAAGAAGAUGGUGAUGGUGGAGAGGAAGACGUCCAAGAUGAUGAAGAACGAGAACUUCAGAUAGACCCUGCCGACUAUGGAAAGCAACGUUUCAAUGAUGUUCUUUAAGUCUAAAAAGAAAAGUUCGGAAAACCGAAAGUGCUGUAAAAUGGAGUAAUUUCUACUUUGUUGUUUUUCACUUUUGUUGUAAAGAACAGUUGCAUCAAUUGUAAAGAUACAUUGAGAUUGACUUAAGAAAAAAAAUUAAUGAUGGAGAAUACCCAUGUACAUAUGUGAACUUUUUCAUAUUAUAUUAUCAAAGAAGAGUCUUUGGGUUAUGAUACAGUUGAGCCAAAAAAAAAAAGUAAGCAAAACUGUAGUCUUUGAAUUUAAAGCAAAAUAAUGUAUAAUUUACAUUUUUUAAAUCUUAAUUCUUUCCACAGAUGGACAAACAGGAAAAUAUGGGUGUACAGUUUAUAUAUUGCACAUAGAAUAUCCACAGUGAUAACAGUUCCUCCACUGAAAAAAGUUUUAUAUUCUAAUAUAUUAUUACUAGCCCAACUGGAAUUAUUGACACCCCCUCCCCCGCCCAUCUCAUAAUAUUCAAGAGUUAGACCUAGAAUAGUCACAGAAACAAAAGAACCAGGUUGCCAAACACUGGGCUGUACAUGUGCAGAAUUCCUUCCCUGCUUUUAUUUGACACGAAUUCUGAUAUAUUUUGGAAGAUAAUCUUUCAAGUGAGGUCUAAUGGAGGAUGAGAUAAUCUGCAAAGAUAUAACAAUAUUUAUAAGUUAUACCUUAAGUUCCUGAAGUUGUGAAAUGCAUGAUUGACAAUAUAUUUUUGAUUUUUUAUUUUUUCACAUAAUGCCAGUACUAUGAUGAGAACUGGCUCAAAUAUUAAUAUUUUGAGUUCAAAUUGGUGGACAUGUUCAUGAUUUAAAUGCUGGAUUUUUUUUUAAAGGCUAAAAUCAACUUUGAAAUGAAUUUACAAUCAGUAUUUCAAAGUUUCUCUGGUAGUUUUAGUGUUGAGUAGACUUUCGGAAGUACUAAAUAAGGAGUUUUAACAGAUUUUUAUUAAUGCACAGAUAAAUAGAAGUACAGUGAGUUCUACAGCCAUUUUAUUAAAAUAGCUUAAAAGUUUGUAAUAAGAAUGAAGAAUCUUUGUAAUUACUUAAUAUGUUAGUUAAGAACCCAUAAGCCUCAUAUUUGCUAGACUUACAAAAUUAUUUUAAAUGCAUUUGUCUUUUUGACACUUUUCAGUAGAAAGUGUAAGCUAGCUAAAAUUUCUAGAAUUCCUUGUGUUCUAAUUUAAAACAUUUUCAAUCUUAUCAUUGCCCCUCCCAAAAAAAGGUCUUAAUUGUAAGGAGAAAUUUAGGAUUGUUAACUCUUUUACAGAAGAGAUGCUAUUAAUUGCAUAUAAAUACACAUUCCCUAUACUCAGGUUUUAGUAAAAAUCAAAUGUAUAGAAGUGAGAACAAUUGUUCACCUCUUGGAGGCACAAAAAAUUCUCAGAAUACAAUUUGAAAUUAUUUAGUGACAAGGAAAAGAUGAAGUAAUUUACUAAAAUUGUUUUUUCUACCAUAUAAAAGUAAGCCUUUGCUAUCAGUAGAAUAGGGCCUACCCUGAAUAGGUAUAUUAAUUCUUUUUUUUUUAAAUUGCGUUAAAGGGAAUUAUAGUGUACCUUUCAGGUGUUAGUACAGGAAGAUGAAUCUAAAAAGUACUCCUAGAGUAAUACUUUAUAAAAUACUGUAAAAUAUUUUCAUGAAAACCAUAAACUUUUCUGCCUUAAGUUCUUUUGUCAUAAAAACAAUCAUUUGGUUUAGAGAAAAAUUUCUCUAAUUAGCAUUCUAGAAAUUUUAUAAACUGAAAAAUAUUGGACCAAUUGAUAAUAUUUCUGACUGUAUUAACAUUUUAGUGCUAUAAAAUAUGUGAAUCUCUUAAAAUCCUGACAUUCUACAAUCUGUAUUAAACAUGUUGGUUUUAUAAUGUUUUACUUCUGCCUUAAGAUUUAGGUUUUUUUAAAUGUAUUUUUGCCCUAAAUUAAGUGUUAAUUUGAUGGAAACUGGUUUUAAAAUCAUCCCUUACUGGGUUCUAAUAAAUUAAAGAUUAAACUUG